AUGGACUGGAGGUGCCCUCGAGGCCCUACGCCACUGAGGAGCAGCAGCUGGGGGCUCCCCAGGGCGCCCGCCGACAGGAUCACCUCCCCGCCGGCGCGGGUUGUGGCGCGGUGCCUCAUGCCGAACUGGUCACGGUAG